CACUUCCGAGAUGAAGUAAAGUAGACCUCCACUGCACAGCAAGAAGGCGACAGUGUAUCUGUCUGAAAUAACGCCAGUUAGACAGGAUAUGUUGAGCAUACACAGUCGGACAGCGGGAUGUUUUAUGGACUCGGAAUCGACGGAGUUUUCUUUUCGUCCAAAUCUAUGUAGGACGUGGCGUCUGCCGUUGCAUUGAAAUAGCUCUAAAUGUGCGUGCAUUUUUUUUGAUAACUCGCAAAGACAACAGCAGAAUCCUGGACUACUAUUUUGAAACAGGAAUGGUUUAUCCUCCCGAAGGUCUAUUCUACAUCGAAAUGGAUCAAGCACCACCAGCUCUCCCUCCCAGGUCAACAAAGCCAGUGCGUUCCACCGUGAACAACAACUGCCCCGCGCCACCGACAUACAUGCUACAGGACGCUGAAUGGUAUUGGGGAGACAUAACAAGGGAUGAGGUGAACGACAAGCUCCGAGACGCACCUGAUGGCUCCUUUGUGGUGCGCGAUGCCUCCACAAAGCUGCAAGGAGACUUUACGCUGACAUUAAGGAAAGACGGACACAACAAGCUGAUCAAGAUUUACCACCGGGAUGGGAAGUACGGCUUCUCGGACCCGCUCACAUUCACUUCGGUAGUGGAGCUCAUUUGGCACUAUCAGCACCAUCCGUUGGUGGAAUACAACGCCACACUGGACCUGAUGCUCACCCAUCCCGUGUCCCGUUUCCAGCAGGUGAAAGAGGACAGUGUCGAUGUCGCGGGAAGAAAGCUCAAGGAAGUUCACUGUCAGUAUCAAGAGAAGUCAAAGGAGUUUGAUCAUCUUUAUGAAGCCUUCACAAAGACCUCGCAGGAGAUCCAGAUGAAGCGAACGGCAAUUGAGGCCUUUAAUGAGACAAUGUUGAUCUUUGAGGAGCAGUGUCGCGAACAGGAGCGCUACGGAGAGGAGAUUGAGAUGAACAAUCUGCCCGAGGGAGCUGACAAAGAUCUGGAGAGCUUUUUAAUAAAUUACGAGAAGCUGAAGUGUCGUCUCGGGGAGAUAUACGACAGCAAAAUCCAUCUGGAGGAAGACUUGAGAACGCAGGUGGAGGACUACAGAGAGACCGACAGGAAGAUAAACAGCUUGCGGCCAGACCUCAUCCAGCUACGCAACAUCAGAGACCUGUACCUCAACUGGCUUAAUCACAAAGGCGUCAGGCAGAAACGCAUAAAUGAUUGGCUGGGCAUCCUGAGCGACAGCCUCGACGACACAUAUGUGUUGAAGGGGGAUGAGAAGAAUUUGCCGCACCAGGAUGAGACAAAUUGGUUUGUUGGUGAACUGAGCCGGACGCAGGCCGAGGAGAUGCUUCAAGGUAAAGCUCCGGGAACGUUCCUGAUCCGCGAGAGCAGCAAACAGGGCUGCUACGCCUGCUCUGUUGUUGUGAAUGAAGAAGUGAAGCAUUGUAUGAUCUACAGCACACCGCGAGGAUACGGCUUUGCUGAGCCCUACGACGCCCACUGCACACUGAAAGACCUUGUCCUGCACUAUCGCCUGCACUCCUUAGCGCAACACAAUGACGCCCUGGAUGUUCGGCUGUCCCAUCCAGUACACGCCAAACCUGCAGCCACGCCUUCUCAACACACAGAGGAACACAAACUCUUACAGACUCCGAAACACACGGUGGGGCUGCCGCCUGCCGCUCCAGAAAUGUAAACCAACGUUAAAAAGACAAAAGGACAUGUUUACUGUAUCCUGCGAGAACGACUGCAUCAAGGUGCAUUGUGUAAAGUUUUGCACUACAGUGAUUCCAUCGGUUUUUUGUGAAUGGGAUUUCACAGAUUGAAGUGGGACUGGAACUUGAAUGUCAGCUUGAACUUUUGUUUUCAAAGAGACUGUUUAAGCUUUUUUUUUUUUGUACUUCAUUUAUUGCCGCUUGUUUAAUGGACAUCUUUUUUUUUAGUAGGGAUGUUGAAAACCAGAAAAUUGCUCACUGACAUCAGGGGCUGCACCUUUGUUUGACUUCACCUUUUAAAACCAGAGCUGAUGUUGCUGGAGAUGUCCAUUUCCCUAGAUCAAAUUGAUUUAGUUCCGACCAAUAGUGUAGUAACAUUUGUGCCUCAUUCUUGCGCAUGUGAUGGCAAAUUUUGAGCACAGAAAACAUUUUUUCUGAGCACAUAAAUUAUAUUUAGAGAACUUGAUCAUGCAAAGAGAAUUUUAAUUUGAGUGACAAUAAUAUUUUUGUCCUUAGUAAAUGUAUUAUCCUGGUAUAAUACCAUGGUUAAUAUCCACAUUAGCACACAAUAACCUCUUACUGUGUUUCCAAAUUUGCCCCGUUAAUGUGUAAAUUGAACUACAUGGUUUAGUUGGGCAGAAGGUACUACAUCUCAUUUUAUGGAAUGUCAUAAGUUUUAAUUUUUUUAUGACAAUUAGUUAAAGUCACUUACAUAGGUAAAUAUUAAAGUCGAUUCAAGUUUCGACAUUUAUAAUACCUUGGACACGUAGCUGGCAAUCACCAAGGUAGCCAACUACAUACUGCUGUAUGGCAGACGUCAGCUCGCAACCUGACAAGAUUGCUUGGCU